ACUGUGGAACAUGGAACGAUUUUCGGUUAUAUUUUUAUUAACUUUUUGGCUAUUUGCAGCAGAACAAGUCAAGGCAUGUGAUACAAAUGAAAAAGAUCAGGGACGCAUUUAUGUUGGCUGUGCAAUAGUUGCGAAUCUGCCAAAAGAGGGAUGGGAGACACACAAAGCCCGUAACUUUACGAAUCCUACUAAGGAAUUCAAAUGCUUCUUACAUUGUACAUUUGAGAGUUUGAGUUUUUCCAAAAAUAGUGUCAUACAAACUGACGAUACAAUGCUGGAAAUAAUAAAUAAAGAUAAAACCCUUUGGCCCGAAAUGCGAGAAGUUCUAAAAAGUUGUGGAGACAAAAAUAAAUUGGAUAAUCGUUGUGAAAAUACUUAUAAUCUAUUUAUGUGCUUGAAACAGCAUCCAAAAUUAUUUCCAUGGUAA